CUCUCUCUCUCUCUCUCUCUCUCUCUCUCUCUCUCUCUCUCUCUCUCUCUCUCUCUCUGUGGUUAUUUAAGCAAGAACUUUCCCUCCAAAGAUGUGAAGUGUGGUUUUGUGUGUACACGUGUGAGGGGCGCUCCAGAGUGUUCUGAAACUGUACCUCUUUCUUUGCAGACCUCUGAAUUAUUCCACACACAGGCUUUUCUCAUCUUUGCUUCUCCCAAAACACCUGGAGUGAGGAAAACUUCUACACUGGUCAAGCAGAAGAUACAGCAUCCAUGUGCUGAAGGGAAUCCGCGGCUUCUUGAAGCACAAAGGGAGGGACUUCACACUCAAUUGUGGAGUCAGAAGUUGAAUUUGUAAGCACCAUUCGAUUGAGAGUCAUGGGCUGUGGCAGUUCUUCAGUAAAAAUUAACAACACGGAGAAAGCGCUGAAAGCCGCAUUAAUCAUCCAAACCUGGUACCGACGGUACAGAGCCCGACUGAGGGUUAGACAACAUUAUGCCCUCGCCAUCUUCCAGUCUAUCGAAUAUGCUGAUGAGCAAGGCCAACUGCAGCUGUCCAACUUCUUUUCCUUCAUGUUGGAAAACUACACCAAGACACCCAAGGAAGAUUCAGCAUUAGUAAAUCGACUUAUUGAAAGCACCAUUCAAGAAAACAAGGCUAGACAGGACUAUGUGGGUUUGAUAGAAGUGCCCGACUCUUAUGAUGGUCCUCGGCUGCAAUUUCCUCUCACGUUUACUGAUAUUGAUUUACUUCUUCAGGCCUUCAAGCAACAGCAGACACUUCAUGCUCAUUAUGUCUUAGAGGUGCUAUUUGAAGCUAGGAAAGUCCUGAAGCAAAUGCCGAAUUUCACUCACAUCAAAACCUUUCCCUGCAAAGAGGUAACAAUCUGUGGUGAUUUGCAUGGGAAAUUGGAUGAUCUUUUGUUGAUCUUCUAUAAGAAUGGCCUGCCUUCAGAGAACAAUCUGUAUGUUUUUAAUGGUGAUUUUGUAGAUCGAGGGAAUAAUUCCAUGGAAGUCCUAAUGAUCCUGUUAGUUAGUUUUCUUGUCUACCCCACCGACGUGCACCUGAACAGGGGGAACCAUGAAGACUUUAUGAUGAAUCUCAGGUAUGGCUUUACAAGAGAAGUCUUACAUAAAUACAAGCUACAUGGAAGAAAAAUCUUGCAAAUAUUGGAAGAAGUCUAUACCUGGCUCCCAAUUGGUACAAUUAUUGACGAUGAAAUCCUGAUCAUACAUGGAGGGGUAUCAGAGUCCACAGACUUGAAGACACUCCACUGCUUACAAAGAAAUAAAAUGAGAUCUGUGUUGAUGCCACCAAUGUCUAUAAAUCGAGAACAUGCCAUUGACUUAAAGAGAAAUAAAGCAGGUUCGAUCACUGGUGUACCCAGGAAGGCUGAAUUAGAGAAAUCCUCUUUGGAACAGCUAACAAAGCAGGAAUGGGAACAAAUUAUUGAUCUUCUGUGGAGUGACCCUAAAGGAAGAAAAGGCUGUUAUCCAAACACAAGCCGAGGAGGGGGCUGCUAUUUUGGACCAGACGUUACCUCCAAGAUUCUAAGCAGAAACCAGUUGAAGAUGCUCAUUAGGUCUCAUGAGUGUAAACCCGAUGGGUAUGAAAUCUGUCAUGAUGGAAAGGUUAUUACUGUAUUUUCUGCUUCUAAUUAUUAUGAAGAAGGCAGCAACCGAGGAGCUUACAUCAGAGUAGGUUAUGGUACACCUCCACAAUUUUUCCAGUACCAAGUAACUAGUACAUCAUGCCUCAGCCCUCUUCACCAAAGGGUAAAUGCUAUGGAAUUCAAUGCCUUCAAGAUAUUAAAAGAAAGAAUGCUUUCACGAAAAACUGAUCUCAUCAAUGCUUUCCAGCUCCGUGACUAUAGUAGAUCAGGGAAGAUUUCAUUGGCCCAGUGGGCUUUUUCUAUGGAGAGCAUUUUGGGGCUGAACUUACCAUGGAGAUCUCUGAGGUCACACCUGGUAAACAUCGACAGUGAUGGAAAUGUUGACUACAUGUCCAGCUUCCAGGAUGUCCACAUUGAAAAGCCUGUGAAAGAGAUGAAAUCUAGUCUAAUUGAAACUGUGUACAGAUACCGAUCUGACCUGAAAAUCAUAUUUAAUGUUAUCGACACUGAUCACUCAGGUAUGAUCUCUAUGGAUGAAUUCCGGACCAUGUGGAAACUUUUCAAUACUCACUACAAUGUUCAUAUUGAUGAUUCCCAAAUUGAUGAGCUUGCCAACACAAUGGACUUCAACAAAGAUGGAAGCAUAGACUUCAAUGAGUUUUUAAAGGCUUUCUAUGUAGUACAUAAAUAUGAGAAGCCAGACAGCCAUCCUGCUUAAGAUGAACAAAAACUUCUCCCAGCCUCCUUGGAAACAGCUGACCCCCAACUUCCAGUCUUAACCAGGGCCCUUAAAAUCCAUUAUAGUAGAGAAAAGUAGAGCCUUAGUCACACCAUAGGCAGAUGCACAGUGUGAGUGUCAGUAGCCCUUAGCAAAUCAUUAUUGGUAAGACUAGGUUAAAUAUCAGUGAUGAAAUAUACUUCCAGUGUUGGGAUCCAUACAUUGCCAGUGAUAAACUAGGCUUGAGCUUAGUGCUGGUCUCCGAUGAUACCUAAUCAGGAGGCUAGAGCAAUUUGGAAGCAUCCUGAAGAACCCGCAUAGCAGGAGAGAACAGCACUAGGUGUAAUAUCUAUGAGUGGCUGAGGAGGAGAGGAGUGCUAAACUAUUAUUGAAAUAAAGUAUUUCCAUCAUCAAACUGUAAUCAUUUUUGGAGAUUCCAUAACCAGCCAUCUUCAGUGGGGGACUACCUUCAGGGAUGAGGGCCAUAUAAGAAUCUGAGAAAGACUGAGAGCAAUAGUACCUCUAUUUUUCAUGUUUGCUGGAAAUAUAAAGUCAGUAUGUUCAGAUUGAGUCCUAUAAUUAAUAUGGUCUGACAACAACUGAUGAUAAGACAGGGCCCUGGUUAUAUACACUAUACAACUUAUUCUGCUGUUCUGAUUGUAUAUCAAACAAUUUAUUUCUGUCUAAGGGUGAGGCUAUAUUUCAUUAUUUUUAAAGCUUUAGAACUCAAGAUCAAGAAACAAUCCAGAUCAUACAAGCCUGCCUGCUACAUAUAUCAGAAAUAAUGGAUGAACUGUACCAUAUCUUUUGAAAUGAAUAUCUAAUCUUAUAGAAAAGCAAAAGAAAUCCUCAGGGGCAGGAAAACGGUAUAAUUGAAAUCAUGGUAAUACUAGCAUGAGACAAAAUAGGUUUUAAUGCUAUUGAUGUAAAAACACAACUUUCAUCUCAAAGAAUAAGUGAUAAUUUAUUUAACUAUGUAUGGCCAUGCCCAGAAACCUAUUUUACCUCCAAUUCUAUGUUCUAACAUACCAACAGUUUCAUAAAGUUUUACAGUGAAAGAAAAAAGAAAGUCAUAUAUCAAAACACAAUACAUUGGUGGAAACAUCGGCUAUGAGGGUUAUAGCAAAGUGUGGAAUUCUCCGUCAUAGGCCUCACACACUAUUGAUGACACUAUUAGAAUGGAUUGAUGGAAGCUAGUGGCUUGUUAAAAAUACAUAUAAACUGUUUUUUUUUCAUUUUUUUUAUUAAAAUGUAAUUACAUCCUGUUUCCCCUUCCCUUUCCUCCCUGCAACCUCUCCCAUAUAUGCCCCCCCUCCCCUGCUCUCUCUCAAAUUCAUGGCUUCUGUCAAACUUAGGAAUGGGCAAUGCAUGGCUUUUAAAGGGACUGAAAACAGCCCCAAAUAAUUUGACUUGGACUGAAACAUUUGAAUUUUCCACAAUCAUAAAAUGAAGUCAUUUGUCCUUGUAUAAUCUUUAUCACAGGUGCAGCUCUUUUUCCCCUCCCCCAUGGGAACUUCAGUCCACAAUACAAAGAACCCUGUUGAGGACUUAAGGAUCAUUACUAAAUGCUAAAAAGAAUAAUUCACCAGGAAGAAAAAGUAAUUUUAGAUGUAUGUGCAUCUAAUAGCAAAGCUUUCAAAUGAAUGCAGAAAUUUGCAUAAGUGCUAGGCUAAAUUGAUAGAGGAAGCUUUGUGAUAUAUCUUUUCACAUAUAUAAUUUGUUAUGGAAAUAUAAAAUGAAUGUAUGGAAGAUUGGACAGCCUAACUAAUUAACCUGAUGUGUCAUGUGAAUGUGUAUGAAUGUAUAUGUAUAUUCUAUAUAGAUAUGUGCAUGUGCAAACACGUUUAUGGGACUAAAAUCAGUUUUUGAAACAUGAUUUUUAAAAUCAACUCUAAAUAAUACACAUUUUAAGCACACAGGAACAUUUAUCAAAAUAGACCACAAUUACUAAUCAAUGAGAAACAUUAUAUUCUAUGAUUCUAAUGAAAUUAAAUUCAAAAUAAAUAGGCACAAGGCCCUAGGUUUGAGCUCCAGUACUGAUAAAAAAGUAAAAAGCUAGCUAUAUUAAUGGAGACUAAAAAGGGAUAUAACUAUAAAAAGCUAGCCAUACUAACAGAGACUAAAAAGGAAUAUAACUAUAGAUUUAUCAUAAAACUUUAAAAAGUUCACAAGAAUUCUGUAACGCUAUGCUAAAUUUUAACAACAACAACAACAACAAUAACUGCUACAUGAAAACAUUUUGGUUGCUGAGAUAAAAUACCCUUACUGAAAGAAUCACAGAGGAGGAAAGGGUUUAUUUGGCUUAAAAUUCCAGGUCCUAGCCCAUCUUUUCAGGGAAGUGAAGGCAGGAAGUCAAACAGCCAGUCACAUCACAUUGCAGUCAAGAGCAAGAGAGAAUAUACACACCCUUGCUUGCGUGUGCUAGUCUUCACAUAGCCUUCUCCUGUCUCAUAUAGCUCAGAGUCCUCUGUCUAGGGAAUGGUGCCAUCCAUAAUGGGCUGGACAGCAGCUAUGGAAAAAAUAAAAACUGAGGUUUUCAACUCCUUUCCUCUUAUCUCAUAUUAAAACUGUACAAAACAUAUCACAACUAUAAAAAAAAAGUGUACAAAACUCCUUUCCUCUUAUAUUAAAACUGACUGAUAAUGCAGAGUUUGAGAAAUGUCUAAAGAAAGCCUCAGGCAGGCUCAGAUGACCGUUUUUGUUAUUUUGUGAAUAUCAUUUGGUUAUUUAUUUUCAGAGUUGUUUCUGGAACCCUAGAAAAACCAGAUAGGUGUAAUUGAUCCUCAUGCUCAGAGCUCAUACUUACCAAUUUUCCUGCUUGCUAAAACUUAUUUCCAAAAUUAAUAUGUGCAAUCAUCAUGUGCAAAGGUGGUGAAAAAAAACAGUCAAAUGCAUGGUUCCAGUUGAGGUGAAACAAGAUGACACUCUUCCUUCCUAUUUAAGCUUUCAGAUCAUAACCAAGUGUCCUUCUAGAGAUAAACUUACCCAUCACGCUUUUCAUGUAGGGGUGUGUGUGUGUGUGUGUGUGUGUGUGUGUGUGUGUGUGUGUGUGUGUGUGUGUGUGUGUGUCUUAGAGAGUUUGCUAUUGAAAAUGGCUCCCAAGCUAGUAGUGAAGUGUUGCCUAGUAUUCCUUAAGUGUAAGAAAGCUGUGCGGUACCUUAUGGAGAAAAUACAUGUGUUAAAUAAAACUAAUUCAAGCAUGUGUGAUAGUACUGUUGGCAUGAAUUUAGUGUUAAUGAAUUGACAACACACAGUAAAUGAAUUAUAUUUAAAGAGAAAUACUUGUAAAACAAGGUAUAUAUUGAUCAGUUCAUAGAAAUGGUGGCCAAAGCCUGACAGGAACCCAACCCUAUAUUUCCCCUAGGAGCAUUCGUUCAGUAUUUGCUAAAUCUAGUGUUCACUUACAAUAUAUAGAUCCAAAAUACUAUGAAUAAUGAGAAUCAAGUGGGUUCUCCAACAAUUUUCUCCUUUUUUAAAUUUUGCUUCUCAAGGGCAUCUAUCCACUCAAUUUGCUGUGAAUUACUUAGGGGUAUUUAUUGAAUAAUUCGUUUGUUUUUACUCAUGUAUAAUGACACUUCUGUCAUAUGGUAGGAUCCUACAUGCAUGUGGCUCUCAUUUUAGGCUCCUUGUUAUCAGCCACUGAUCUGUGGAGGUAUUUUCUUACAAAUGCUUCAUGUAUUGAAUACUAUAUAUUUAUAAUGUAUAAUUUUCUUGCUUUCUGGUACCAUGAACCCUGCCCUCACCUGGAUUCUUCAAAUUUUUUUUUGGUCCUUUUGCCCUCUGUACACAUAUUAGAAUCAGCUUGUCAAAUUUGUGAAAUCAGCUAUUGGAGUUUGAGAGGAACUGCAUCAUUUAUAAAUUAGCCUUUACUGUACUGACUCUUCCUGCUCAUAAACAUGACAUAUUUUCCAGUCAUUUUAGAAUUUGUUUAUCUACUUUAAUGAAGAAUUUUGUCAUUUCUAUAAUCUUUAAAAGAGAUUUAUGCUGAGGAGGAGUACCUGAGAGGGUUUGGAAAGAAGAAAGGGAAGGGGAGAAAUGAUGUAAUUAUAAUCUCAAAAAAAAUUAUUUCAAGAUAUACCAUGUGAGUUUUUGGUAUUGUUAUUAUUCUAUUUUUUUCAAUCUUCCCCACUCACAGAGUUCUAUUUUUAGGGUUUGAUUUAUUCUUCUCUAUUCUUCUGUUGCUUUAUGUGUUUAUUAUGUGAUCUGUGUGUAUUUGUGGGGGAGGACCUAUUUAUGUGUUUGUACUAUGUGCAGACACUUGAUCAGUCCGAAUUGUUCACUUGUGGGCUUUCUCAUUUUUCAUUGUGAACUCAUCAUUAGUAGCACUUUGUUGUUAUUUCACAUGUCUGUAUGUCUGGAAGAGUCCAUGACAUUUGGGAUGUGGGCGCUUUUCUUCCAUGUCUUUGUUUGACUUGUUCCCAGGGGUAUCAGUGCUUAAGGGACUGUUCUUAUGUAACUUUUUAGUCUGGAGUCUCUGAAUUAUGUGGGUAGAGUUUAGCAGUAUGAAUUGUAGUCCUGUGGUUUUAAAUUCUCAGAGAGCUUUUAUUAUUUUCCCACCCAAAGCCCAGUUGCCCUGUGGUCUCUCUUGUUUUUAAAUCUUUUCAUAAAUAAACUAGUUCUUUGAG